AUGCACAGCAAAGUCGUCGUCAUCGGCUCCGGCCCCGCGGCCCACACCGCCGCCGUCUACCUCGCCCGCGCCGAGCUCCAUCCCGUCCUCUACGAGGGCUUCCUCGCCAACGGUAUCGCCGCCGGCGGCCAGCUCACCACCACCACCGAUGUCGAGAACUUCCCCGGCUUCCCCAAGGGCAUCAUGGGGCAGGAGCUCAUGGACAACAUGCGCGCGCAGUCGGAGCGCUUCGGCACCAAAAUAAUCUCCGAGACCGUCUCCAAGCUCGACUUCUCGAGCCGGCCGUUCAGGUACUCGCUCGAGUGGACGCCCGACGUGACCCACACGGCCGACACGGUCAUCCUGGCGACGGGCGCGUCGGCGCGGCGCCUGAACCUCCCCGGCGAGGACAAGUACUGGCAGAACGGCAUCUCGGCGUGCGCCGUGUGCGACGGCGCGGUGCCCAUCUUCCGGGACAAGCACCUCGUGACCGUGGGCGGGGGCGACUCGGCCGCCGAGGAGGCCACGUUCCUGACAAAGUACGCGAGCCACGUCACGGUGCUCGUGCGCAGGGACCAGCUGCGCGCCAGCAGCAUCAUGGCCAAGCGGCUGCUCGAGCACCCCAAGGUCACGGUGCGGUUCACCACCAAGCCCGUCGAGGUCAAGGGCGGGAGCGAUGGCCUGCUGAGCCACAUUGUCGUCGAGGACACGGUCACGGGGAAGCAGGAGACGAUCGAGGCCAGCGGGCUGUUCUACGCCAUUGGGCACGACCCGGCCACAGCGCUGGUCAAGGGCCAGCUCGAGACCGACGCAGAGGGGUACAUUGUCACCAAGCCCGGCACGCCGCUCACGAGCGUCGAGGGUGUGUUCGCCGCGGGCGAUGUGCAGGAUAAGCGGUACAGGCAGGCCAUCACGAGCGCCGGCUCUGGCUGCAUGGCCGCCAUGGACGCGGAAAAGUAUCUCGCCGACCACGAGGCUGACGGACGCCAGGGUGCUGCAACUGGAAAGCUAUAG